CUAGAUUGCCUCUGGGGAACAGUGAAGAAAACUCUCACCUCACAGAAGACAGAGAAAAGGCCGUCCAUCGCACCAAAAGGAGCCAGCAGAAUAAACGACUUGAUUCAGGUAUGGAUUCUUUCUCAGAACAAUGAUUUCAUUACAUUCAGAGAAUGCCUAAUUAGUUCUAAUUAGUUUUAUGGCUGGACGGAUGGGUAUACAUCAAAGUUUUUCCUCCAGGGAAAAGACUCAUGUAAAAAUCAAGACAGCAGGGACAGAGCAGGUCUGAACCCUGUAUGCUGCAAGGUUCAUGGUUGGAGUGGUAUUUCUUGUAACGCCAGCAAUGUUUAGUUGUGUUUACAGAGGCUGGAUCUGUGCACUUUGGGAGGGAAACGUUGUUCCCCACUUUUAUGCUGUUGGUAUGAAACCAGACCUUAAGUAAUUAUUUUUGCGGCCAUUCUCCUGGUUUCUUGGUUUGACAGAGGUGAGCACUGGGUUUUUUGAUGUGGUGUUCAAUUCAAAGCCUGAGCUGCAUUGCAUGUGUACAUUUACAAUGCAGUAAUUAGUUUGGGCGCUCUGUCAUUAGAGAGGGUUUUAGUCUCUCUUCUCUCUCUCCCUCUCUCUCCCUGUCUCACUCACUCACUCUCUCUCUUUCAUUCCUCAUUCGAUUGUGGGCUACUGCUGCUUAGAUAUCAGUUGAAGUGAGUCUACAUACCUCAGCUUCACACACAAUAAGGUUGGAAAGAUCCUGCCAGGAACAGGUUUGGCUAGUGAGGCAAUGUUCCUUUCCUCUGAUUACCUCCAGUAAGGGAAGGCUGAGGAGAUGAUUGACAUGUGUUUUGAAAGCCGCCCCUUUCUGCUCUGAGGAUUUAUUUAAAUGUUAAUGUGGUGCAGUUCCAAUAUUGUGUUUUCAGUGGAGAAAUACUGUAGGGAAGAAAUGGUGCCGUGAUCCCAGAUGGAGAGCUGCUCUUUUAGCUUAAUGCUGAGGAGCUCCCCUUAUGGACACUAAUGAUGUGUCAGUCACCAAGCACAUUUAGGGAAUAGGAUAUUAGGGGCUCUAUUUUAACAAACAAAUCUAAUCGCUGGCAGUAGCACUAUAGGUCUGGAGGUAUGUCCGAUUUUUUUUGUUGCUAUUUUCAUAGCUGGGGCGGCAGGUAGGUAGCCUAGUGGUUAAAAGUGUUGGGCCAGUAAGUGAAAGGUAACUGGUUCCAAUCCCUGAGCUGACUAUUUGAAAAAUCUGUCGAUGUGCCCUUGAGCAAGGCACUUAUCCCUAAUUUCUACUGUAAGUUGCUCUGGAUAAGAGCGUCUGCUAAAUGUACAUGUAUGUUUUAGGAUGUGCAGUAUAUUUUCAAUUCAAAACAACGCAUUGCUGUUGAACCAGCCAUAGUAGCCUAGGCCUAAGGUAAGGUUAGCCUAUAGAGGGCUUGAUAGAAAAUGGAAAACAAGCAAUCUGUUUUUUAGAACAACAAUAAUAUUUCUAAAGAGGAUGGGGUCAGAAGCAUGAUAUCAUAAAUCGCUUCUCUCAUUCCAUGGCAUUGUGUGCACACGUCCCAGCUAGCACAUCGGAGAACCAUAUGUUUCUUACAGCUUGGUGAGAGCGUGGUUGUCCCAUGGUUAUUUUGCAUACAAUCUUCCCACAACGUUCUGGGAAUGGUGCAGGAUAAUUUAUUGGCUUUGGAACAUUCUCAGCACAUUUAAGGAACUUGACAAAAUAACGUUAUGUUCUUGGUAUUUCAUUACUUUAACAGAAUGUUUUGUAAAAGUUCAAACAUGGUUACAUUUAAUUACAUUUUUGGUAAUGUUCUAGGAAUGUUCUCUAAAGGCGUCAGCAUGCUUCAGUUCGGCUGGCGGCUGACCGAAGUCGGCUAGCCGAAUAAACGAGUGUGCUCGCAUACUCCCUUAAAAGACCUUUGCUUGAAAAACAAGAAAAAAGCGGCAAAAGUACAUUUUGUCCAUUUUGAGACACUGUAGCCAGUAUACACUUCCUCAAAAUAAUCUAAGAUAAUUUAAGAAAUCUGUAAUUCAUUUUGACGGUUUUGCAGAGGAGAUCUUAGUUGCACAAUUUUACAUCUAACUAAGAUGUUUGGUGCAGUAUUUCUCAAUGAAAAGGUUUGUAUGAAAAUGAGUCAUCUCUCAUGGAAUGACAACAAAGACUUUAUUGAAGAAUCCCUAAUGCUGACCAAUCACCGACGAAGGGGCGUAGACUUCGGCUCCGAACAUCAGCUUGCCUCCGUAAAAAAAAAUGGUGUGCCCAAACAGCCAAAGAAACCCUCACCGAAGUCCAAAAUGAACAAAAACUUUGUAAUAUAUGUACAAACUCUUCCGGCUGGGAAGCAUGCGGAUGCCUUAACUAGUUUGACAUUGGGAAUCUUCUCAAAUAGUUCAGAGAAUGUUAAGAACCAACAUUCUCCUGUGGGAAUUUUAAUACUUCAGCAUAACAUUUCCACCUGGUUUUAUUUACAUUUUAGUCAUUUAGCAGACGCUCUUAUCCAGAGUGACUUACAGUUGGUGAGUGCAUACAUAAAACAUUUUUUCAUACUGGCCCCCUGUGGGAAUCAAACCCACAACCCUGGCGUUGCAAACGCCAUGCUCUACAUCCCUGCCGGCCAUUCCCUCCCCUCCCCUGGAUGACACUGGGCCAAUUGUGCGCCGCCCCAUGGGUCUCCUGGUCGCAGCCUGCUACAGAACCUGGAUUCGAACCAUCUGGCACAGCUAGCACUGCGAUGCAGUGCCUUAGACCACUGCGCCACUCGGGAGGUUAAAGUAAUGUUAAAGUAAUGUUCUCAAAUUGUUCCGAAAACAUUAAGAAACAAUGUUCUUCUGUGGGAAUUUCAGUACUUCAGCAUAAGUUUUCUGCAGCUUUCCUCAUGGUUUUAUUUAAAGUAAUGUUCUCAGAAAACAUUAGUAUUGUUCAAACAUAUACAUUAUUAUUAUUUAUUAUUAUUAUUAUUUAUUCCGUUCCGUCAACAAAACCUAAGAAAACAUUUGAAAACUUUCCAUAAAAACCAUAAGAAAACUUUAGUAACGUUCAGAGAAUGUUCUAAGAAUGUUAUUUAAAAACAUAUACAUUCCGUUCUCAGCAUCAACAAAACUCUAUACUCUAUCUUGUUAAGUGUGUUCAGGUGUGUUGGCCGCCCCCACUAAUUGGCCACACCUGAUCUUAAUGAGUGCUUGUUUCCUUUGAAAUGGGGUCUGUUUGAAUAGACUAAAACAGCUUUGUAUGAGUUUAAAAAAACAUGACAUGUUAGCUCCAUCCUGGUGGUGCAGUGGACUAAUCCCAUGGAUUAACCACAGAAGAUCAUAGGUUGAAAUCUCAAUGACGCUGUGCAACAUUAAAAAAUAUAUAUAUGUUUGCUUGAUUAAUGCCUAAGCAACUUCAUUUCUAUCUGUGCUUGGAGUUCUAAGCAGUUCAACUACGCUAGCAGUCUUAUUAAAAGUCUUAUUGAAACGUUUAAGGAAGCUAUUCAAAACAUCAUAAUAACCUAUAAUUUCCAUUCUCAGAACAUUAAUAGAACCUCCCAGGAAAGCUUUCAGGGAACCAUAGUAAAACAUUCUCAGAACCUCUCAGAACAGACAACAUUUUCACUUCCAUUCUCAAAACAUAAAAAAAAACGUUAGGUUUUACCGGUCAGGAAACGUAUGGCUUUGUUCCCAGAACCAAUGGGAAACCAAAAACGUAUGUUCCCAAAACUUCCAAGGAACCAAACGUGCUAGCUGGGGUAUGCAUAAAUGUCUUUACCAUAACAUUUGCACUUCUAUACAUAAUACUAGGCUCCUGUCAAUUGUAUCAUUGCCUAUGUGCAAGGCAGAUUCUCAAAAACAAUCUGCCAUUGACAUGGCAUUAUAGGAGGCCUGAAUAGUUUGGAGGAGCGCAUCAUUGGUAAUCGGACGAGGGAAGCUAUUUCAAAAUGAGGAUGGAUAGCCUCCCACUGGGCACACACUGGUUGAAUCAAUGUUGUUUCAACGUAAUUUCUAUGAAAUUACAUUCAACCAACGUGGAAUCGACGUUGAAUUGACGUCUGUGUCCAGUGGGCAACUUGAACAAGAUAAAUUAAGUAUGCAGGUAUGUAAAUUGUGAAUAAUGAAAACGCAUGGGGGCAAAAGCCUAAUAUUUCAAAGCACUCUCAGUAGACCAUUUAAACCCCCUUUAUUUAUAGGCUACAUAGCUAAUGGCCAGGAUAUAAAGACACACCUAUGCGUUGCUGCUAACCCAGCAUUGAUUAAGGGGAGGGAAGGGUAGGCUAUGCUUGGCUUUUAAUCAAAUUAAACGGAAAACCAAUAGUUUUUCUAAAUACGAGAUUCACUAGCACAAAAGGCAUAUCUCUCUUCCAUGGGCACUGUGUUUCCACUCUCAAAAUCCAUGCCAUUAUCAGCUGCGUUACCGUUAAGACCUGCUUUUUGUGGGUUUUAAAACGUUCCAUUAGCGCUGCAUGUCACUUUUGCGCUUGUUUUUAAGGACACACCUAUAAUAUUGUAACCCCUCCCACCUCAGUGCAAGUGAGCUGAUGUUAGGCAGGUAAAUUGCCAAACCUGGCGUUAGUGUUGGAAAAUGCCAGUGUGCCAGUUUUUACAUAAGGAAAUUGCAAACUAACAUGCGUUUGACACUAGAGCCCUAGGAGUUAGAAAGUAGUAUGUUAGAUUGGUGCCAGUAAAGGUUUCCACUGGUGAUAAAGAUACACGCAAGCACAAAGGUGCUGCAUGCCAGAGAGGCAUUGGCAGAGCCCAGAAAUGCCAGGGUCUUUGGCUGCCUCAGGAAUGCCUGCCUGGCCUUGAACUACGCUCAUUCCCAAGAUCAGCAUGAAAAAGUGACUCCCCUAUAAACAUCCAAGGAAAAAGCCAGGGAGAAAGUACUGUAUGGAGGGAAAGGCCUUUCCAAAAGCCCCCAAAAAGAUGUGGAAAGGAUAGGCAUUAUGGAGGGUUAGAUCAACUGUAAAUGUAUAUUUUCACUGAACUGAAAUGACACCAGACUGUCCAUGUAUGAUCACACGGCUCAGGCUUAGGGCACUUCCGCCUACAUCAAAACCAGACGAGAUGCUCGUGCGGUGAACAAACCAUCUGUGACACCUGAUCUGUUUUGGUCUCUAUCACCUUUGGUUUAAGAGACAAAGCAGGAUGAAGGGAGGGAACCCAACCCCUUCUGUGUUUUCUCCAUGGGGAACUUAAGCAAUGUAUUGAGGGUGGCAUUGAUCUUUACAAGCACAAAAUGUUUGUGAUUUUUCACCUGCACAAAGAGUGCGGGGUCACCGCUGUAACAGGUAGAAGUGGGAUCGCUGGGAGACAUGCCCCUACACAGAUGGCUGCUGCUGUUGAAAGGAAAAGCUUAAUGUUCACAUGUCGUUCUUCCUCAUUAUCAUCACCUAAUGGUGUCACUGAAUUUAAUCACAGAGAUGUAUUCACACCGCAAAACCCAUCUGUCUUCACUUCACAGUCAAAUGUCAUCAAGGUUAACAUAAUUUUUUAUUCCAAGGUGUUUAUUCAUUCUUUCUGGAGUGUACAGUUUGUGUUUGCAUUGGAAAUGGAUUGUGAGAAUGAUUCCUUGUAUGCUCUGUGUACCAUAGCGUAAACUGGAACACUCAGCAUGGGGACUGUCAGAAUAAGAUAUGUAGACAUUCCAUUAGUCUUCAGAGUAUGUCCGUUUCGUGCACUGGAAAUGCCCCCUCUCUGUCUCACUGCAAAGUGAAGUUAUCAGUUUUAUAGGGGAUAUCUUUAAACACAGACAGAUCUGAGGACAGAGACUGCAGUGUUACUAAAUCAGAGGCCAAUUAUGUCAAAUAAUUGUCUGUUUUGUUGCCAAGUCCUCUCUCAUAGUUAUACUGUUAUUUAUCAUUGCUGUAUGUGGUUCAUCACAGUACACCUCUAAUAUAACUGCCAACUUGGUCUGGUCCUCUGCACAUACAGUAUAUCAUGUGUGGAGAAUAUAUUGUACUGUGCCUUCAGAAAGUAUUCAUACCCCUUGACUUAUUCCACAUUUUGUUGUGUUACAGUCUGAACUCAAAAUGGAUUCAAUAGAUUUUUUCCCUCAUCAAUCUACACACAAUACCCCAUAAUGACAAAGUCAAAAUAUGUUUUUAGACAUUUUUGCAAAUGUAUUGAAAAUGAAAUACAGAAAUAUCUCAUUUACAUAAGUAUUCACACCCCUGAGUCAAUAUUUUGUAGAAGCAUCUUUGGCAGCGAUUACAGCUGUGAGUCUUUCUGGGUAAGUCUCUAAGAGCUUUCCACACCUGGAUUGUGCAACAUUUGUCCAUAAUUUAUUUCUAAAUACUUAAAGCUCUAUCAAAUUGGUUGUUGAUCAUUGCUAGACAACCAUUUUCAGGUCUUGCCAUAGAUUUUCAAGCCAAUUUAAGUCAAAACUGUAUCUCGGUCACUCAGGAACAUUCUUCUUGGUAAGCAACUUCAGUGUAGAUUUAGCCUUAUGUUUUAGGUUAUUGUCCUGCUGAAAGGUGAAUUAAUCUCCCAUUGUCUGGUGGAAAGCAGACUGAACCAGGUUUUCCUCGAGGAUUUUGCCUGUGCUUACUUCCGUUCCAUUUCUUUUUUAUCCUGAAAAACUCCCUAGUCCUUAACGAUUACAAGCAUACCCAUAACAUGAUGCAGCCACCAUUAUGCUUGAAAAUUUGGAGAGUGGUACUCAGUAAUAUGUUGUAUUGGAUUUGCCCCAAACAUAACACUUUGUAUUCAGAACGAAAAGUUCAUUUCUUUGCCACAUUUUUUGCAGUUUUACUUUAAUGUCUUAUAGCAAACAGGAUGCAUGUUUUGGAAUAUUUGUAUUCUGUACAGGCUUUCUUCUUUUCACUCUAUCAAUUAAGUUAGUAUUGUGGAGUAACGACAAUGUAGUUGAUCCAUCUUCAGUUUUAAAGUCACUAUUGGCCUUAUGGCUGAAAAUACAAUAAAGGAGCUUGACAGGUCUCCCAGUGUCAUUUGAAUACUGCUGUGUAAUGGCCCGCAACCGAUCAGGCCUCCUACUGUGAGACCUGUCCAAAUUGCAAUAAUAAGCUGCUGGCUAACUUCACUCUUUUUAAAUCAAAUUAGCCAGAGAGAUGGCAGAUUGAACAAUUGGCUCAUCUCCUUGUUCUCCCCCUCCCCUCUCUGCUUGUGUUAGAUUCCCCUGGGUCACCCCUGUACUCAAACAGCAUUACAUGACAAGGCCUUUGACAGGACUGGGAGCACCAACUCACUACAUUAGAUAAUGCUGUUUUUUUCCUUCGCAUGGAGCAGGGGAGAGCAGAGCUCAUUUUCAGAUGUGACCAUUGGCUGACUCAUUGUCUUGAAAAACAGCCAUUUAUAAUUCAAUUAGAUUUAAACUUAAUAUCCAUUACAUUUCUUGUACAUUACUUUAACGGAUCAAGCAGCCCCGGUCUAAAGGUCUUUCCAAAUUAGGCAACAAGACAGACAACGUUAUCAAACACUCUGAGGAUGGUUUUAUUGUCCUGUUACACAAGUAUGUAAUAUAAUUGUUAUUUUUUUGCAUAUCCCAACUCCCCCUGAGACACCUGCAGGGAGUGCGGUCACAAUUAUACAGCACCCCUAGAGCAAUUAGGGUUAAGGACCAUGCUCAAGGGCACAGUGACAGAUUUGUAACUUUUUAACCUUAGGAAUGAAUGUUAACAAUUUCCCCCCCCCCUGCUUUCUGACAGGUCUGUCCUUCUUUCAUUUUGAUUCAAAUGAAAAAAGACCAUGUAUUAGAAUCCCAUGCCAUGAAUCACAGUCUGAGCUCAGAGGUUAGAGCUGCACUGUACAGGAUCCAUGCAGUAUGAGAUUACACAAAGCCGAUCCUAUUCCAUUUGGACAACUGGUGAGGGCUUCUUGGCAGUCAGAGCGAUUUUUGUGCCAUGCCAAGGUUUACUUUGUGCCUUUAAUUUGACAUUUUUUGUGGAAAGGCAUGUUGCCAUGUGUACGGUAUGUACUUACAGAAGAAACACAAAGCUAAAAUCUUUUCUCAACAUCAGGCUAUUUUGGAGUAGUAGCUACAUUGAGCAAGCAUGAAUACACCCAACCCAGAGUAUUUGACACAUUGAGUGUUUUCACACAUUGACACCCUUUAUGUUCUCCUUUUGAUCCAUUUGAUCACCAUAAUAUCUGGUUUCUGUUCUCUCACUGCUAGAUUUCAAUUCACUAAUGACACAGUGAUGAAAUUAGUGAGAGACUGGUAUGUAUCUACAAUUGAGUGUAUCCCAAUGUGUUUGUUUGACACAUCCCAGCUAGCACAUUUGUUUCCUUGAAAGUUGUGGGAACAUACGUUUUUGGUUUCCCCAUUAGUUCUGGGAAUGAAGCCAUAAGUUUCCUGACCGGUAAAACUGAAUGUUUUUUAAACGUUCUGAGAAUGGAUGUGAACAUUUCGCCUGUUCUGGGAACGUUCAUUUUUAGGUUGCAGGGAGGUUCUGAGAACAUUUUACUAUGGUUCACCAAAUGUUUUCCUGGGAAGUUGUAUUAACGUUCUGAGAACGUUAGGUAAUUAAAAAACAUUCUGAGAACAUGUUUCAAUAAGACUGCUAGCUUAGGUUAACUGUUUUGAACUCCAAGCACAGAUAGGACACAUUUAAAUGUAUUUGCUUAGGCAUUAAUCAUGCAAACACAUUUAUUUUUUAUUGUGGCACGCCAUCAGUGAGAUUCAAACCUAUGAUCUUCUGUUCUUUAUCCAUGGAAUUAGUCUACUGUGCCACCAGGAUGGAGCUAGCAUGCCAAGUUUUUUUUUACUCAUACGAAGCUGUUCAUUUUAGUCUAUUCAAAAUUACUCCAUUUCAAAGGAAACAAGCACUAAUUAAGAUCAGGUGCGGCAAAUUAGUGGGCUUGGCCAGCACACCUAAACACACUCAAUAAGAUAGAGGAUAGAGUUUUGUUGACUCUGAGAAUGGAAUGUAUAUGUUUUUAAAUAACAUUCUUAGAACGUUCUCUGAACGUUACUAAAGUUUUCUUGUGUUUUUUAUGGAAAGUUUUCUUAAUGUUCUCUGAACAAUUUGAGGACAUGACUUGAAAUAGAACCAUAAGGAAACCUGUAGGAAACGUUAUGCUGAAGUACUGAAAUUCCAACAUAAGAACAUUGUUUCUUAAUGUUUUCUGAAAUAUUUGAGAACAUUCCCAACAUCAAAGAAGUUGGAGAAAGUUCCUAGAACAUUACCAAAAAUGUAAUUAAAUGGAACCAUGUUUGAAAUUUUAGGAAACGUUCUGUUAAAGUAAUGAAAUACCAAGAAGAAAAAAAAUGUUUGUCCAGUUCCUUAAAUGUGCUGAGAAUGUUCCAAAGCCAAGCAACAAUCCUGCACCAUUCCCAGAAAGUUGUGGGAAGGUUGUAUACAAAAUAACCAUAGGACAACCACUCUCUCACCAAGCUCUAAGAAACAUAUGGUUCUCAGAACGUUAUGUGCUAGCUGGGAUGCUAACAAACAUCAUAGCUAAAUAUGCUUUUGGCAGUGUGAUGUGACAUCUGACAUAUGCCAGACUGUGCAAAGUGCUAGGAAGAACAGUGUCUGUCAUAUGUAACCAACAUAACUGAGGUUACCCCAGUGCAAAUGUUUUGUAUUGAUUCCAAAUGGUAGACCGACCUAAGGACCAUCUGUAUCUUUUGACUGUAACAGUUAACACUACAGUGUGGGAUACAGCAGUCCUCAGCUGUUUAGUCAUGACUGGAUGUGUUAAUGAUGGAAGUCAAUCAGCUAGCCCUGGGAGAGGACUUGAAAGAGCCCUCUGCGUUAUCAGACCAAAGGAGCUGGUACUGAAGCAUUUGCCAAAAUAAUAAUUUCUCUUUCAUGUCAGAUGCACUUUGCCUUCAUAAAUAUGCAGUUUGCCUUUGCAAGCCAUUUCACAGCAGAUGUGUUUUUGUAGUACGUGUUGUGAAAAUGUGUUUUCAAUGUUGGCCCUCUUUGAUGCUAAUUUGUUCCAUUCAUUAAAGCAUUUUACCACUUUUUUGUCACAAUCUGUUUACAGAUGGGGAUCCUUUUCAGAAAUCAAUUCUCAUGACUGUACGGCCAUUAGAGCUGUGUCACACUGGGGACAGCCUUGCUCUCUCUCUUUGUUGUUCUGUUCCCCUGCCUCUCCAUAACACAUUGACCAGUAUUUAUUACCCAUAUCCCCAGCCAUAAAACUCCUUGUGCACCUCUAGAGGCUGUGCUGAGCCAUUUGCCUAAGUGGGGACACCUGUUGUAAAAACAGCUGAGUAAUGAGCAUUGUGUCUGUGUGUGUGUGUGUGUGUGUGUGUGUGUGUGUGUGUGUGUGUGUGUGUGUGUGUGUGUGUGUGUGUGUGUGUGUGUGUGUGUGUGUGUGUGUGUGUGUGUGUGUAAUGGAGCUCAUCUGGCCCAGGACCCGUCCUCUGUACCAGGGUGAUGGGUUGGAGUGACCACGAUUUCUCCAGCAACAUGCACCGCUAGUCUAUUGUCAAGGCUGGGUGUGUUCAAUGCUGUGGAAAUGUUGAUAUUUGGUGCCAACAUUUCGUGACUGACAACCUGAACAUAAAACGUACUUAUGGCUGUAGAGUAGAAGGGCUUAAGCUUUACUGCAACUAUUUAUCUACUGGUAACAAAACUGUCCGUGUUGACUGAUAUAGUACGACCAUGAGAGUAAGCAGACACACUUGGGAUGGAGGAGAUAUUGUGUUUUAAGUGUUUGUUAUAUCUAAACAAAUCUCCUAUCAAACUGGAUUUGUUCAAGGCACAAUGUCAUCAUAACUAUCUUAGACAGGUGUUUAUUCCGUUAAAUUAGAAAGAGAGACUUUGCAUCAGCGAUUCCGUCUCACUCUCCAACUAUUGCAUGUUUCAUCCAAACCAAGCAAAGGAGUGUUCACUCCUACAUGAUACACAUAUUACAAUCUGUCAAUAUACACAGAACUUCUCAGUGAAAAGAUAAAUACUUUUGUACUUUCUCACAUAGGGUCUAUGUAUCUGGUUAUUUUGGUACUGAUAUAAAAAUGUAGAGCACAAAUCUUUUACCUGAUUGAUGAUUAAUUGACAUAUGGUUUGUUUCGAACUAUCUGUAUGCUGAUGUAACAGUAUUGCUUCCAUCCCUCUCUUUGCCCCAACAUGGGCUCAAACCAGGCACCCUCUGUACACAUCAACAAGAGUCACCCACGAAGCAUCGUUACCAAUCGUUCCACAAAAGCCACAACCUUUGCAGUGCAAGGGAAACAACUACUUCCAUGUUUUCAGAGCGAGUGACGUCACCGAUUGAAACACUACUAGCGCACAUCGCUAACUAGCGAGCCAUUUCACACCGGUUACACUGUGAGGUUGCUGAAGGCUUUUUUAAAAUCUCAAAUCAAAGUUAAUUGGUCGUGUACACAGAUUUGCAGAUGUUAUCGAAGGUGCAGCGAAAUGCUUACAGUGCAGUAAUAUCUAGCAAUACAAUAACAAUAGAAAUGUUUGCAAAUGUAUUGAAAUUGAAAUACAGAAAUAUCUCAUUUACAUAAGUAUUCAGACCUUUGAGUCAAUACAUGUUAGAAUCACCUUUGGCAUCGAUUACAGCUGUGAAUCUUUCUGGGUAAGUCUCUAAGAACUUUGCACACCUGGAUUGUACAAUAUUUGCACAUUAUUCUUUUUAAAAUUCUUCAAGCUCUGUCAAGCUGGCUGUUGAUCAUUGCUAGACAGCCAUUUUCAAGUCUUGCCAUAGAUUUUUAAGCUGAUUUAAGUCAGAACUGUAACUAGGCCACUCAGGAACAUUAAAUGUUGUCUUGGUAAGCAACUCCAGUGUAUUUGGCCUUGUGUUUUAGGUUAUUGUCCUGCUGAAAGGUGAAUUUGUCACCCAGUGUCUAUUGGAAAGCAGACUGAACCAGGUUUUCCUCUAGGAUUUUGCCUGUGCUUAGCUCUAUUCCGUUUCUUUUUAUCCUAAAAAAACUCCCUAGUCCUUGCCGAUGAAAAGCAUACCCAUAACAUGAUGCAGACACUACCAUGCUUGAAAAUAUGAAGAGUGGUACUACUCAGUGAUGUGUUGUGUUGGAUUUGCCCCAAACAUAACGCUUUGUAUUCAGGACAUAAAGUUAAUUUCUUUGCCACAUUUUUGCAGUUUUACUUUCAUUCUUAAUUGCAAAUAGGAUGCAUGUUUUGGAAUAUUUGAAUUCUGUACAGGCUUUCUUCUUUUCACUCUGUCAUUUAGGUUAGUAUUGUGGAGUAAUUACAAUGUUGUGAAAUCCCUGAGCGGUUUCCUUCCUCUCCGGAAACUAAGUUAGGAAGGACGCCUGUAUCUUUGUAGUGAAUGGGUGUAUUGAUACACCAUCCAAAGUGUAAUUUAUAACUUCACCAUGCUCAAAGGGACAUUAUGUCUGCUUUUUCUUCCAUCUACCUAUAGGUGCCCUUCUUUGCGAGGCAUUGGAAAAACUCCCUGGUCUUUGUGGUUGAAUCUGUGUUUGACAUUUACUGCUCGACUGAGGGACCUUACAGAUAAUUGCACGUGUGGGGUACAGAGAUGAGGUAGUCAUUCAUAAAUGAUGUUAAACACUAUUAUACCAUGGCAUUGUUGAAUACUUUUUUCUGAUUGGCUUGAAGGGCAUUCUAGAGCAUGCAUUAUUUCCCUAUAAUACACAGUAUAUUUGUACAGUAGAAUUGAAUGGCUAUAUAGUGAGGGGAAAAUUGUAUUUGAUCCCCUGCUGAUUUUGUACGUUUGCCCACUGACAAAGACAUGAUCAGUCUAUAAUUUUAAUGGUAGGUUUAUUUGAACAGUGAGAGACAGAAUAACAACAAAAAAAUCCAGAAAAACGCAUGUCAAAAAUGUUAUGAAUUGAUUUGCAUUUUAAUGAGGGAAAUAAGUAUUUGACCUCUCUGCAAAACAUGAUUUAGUACUUGGUGGCAAAACCCUUGUUGGCAAUCACAGAGAAAAUACGUUUCUUGUAGUUGGCCACCAGGUUUGCACACAUCUCAGGAGGGAUUUUGUUCCACUCCUCUUUGCAGAUCUUCUCCAAGUCAUUAAGGUUUCGAGGCUUACGUUUGGCAACUCGAACCUUCAGCUCCCUCCACAGAUUUUCUAUGGUAUUAAGGUCUGGAGACUGGCUAGGCCACUCCAGGACCUUAAUGUGCCUCUUCUUGAGCCACUCCUUUGUUGCCUUGGCUGUAUGUUUUGGGUCAUUGUCAUGCUGGAAUACCCAUCCACGACCCAUGUUCCAUGCCCUGGGUGAGGGAAGGAGGUUCUCACCCAAGAUUUGACGGUACAUGGCCCCGUCCAUCGUCCCUUUGAUGCGGUGAAGUUGUCCUGUCCCCUUAGCAGAAAAACACCCCCAAAGCAUAAUGUUUCCACCUCCAUGUUUGACGGUGGGGAUGGUGUUCUUGGGGUCAUAGGCAGCAUUCCUCCUCCUCCAAACACGCCGAGUUGAGUUGAUGCCAAAGAGCUCGAUUUUGGUCUCAUCUGACCACAACACUUUCACCCAGUUCUCCUCUGAAUCAUUCAGAUGUUAAUUGGCAAACUUCAGACGGGCCUGUAUAUGUGCUUUCUUGAGCAGGGGGACCUUGCGGGCGCUGCAGGAUUUCAGUCCUUCAUGGCGUAGUGUGUUAUCAAUUGUUUUCUUGGUGACUAUGGUCCCAGCUGCCUUGAGAUCAUUGACAAGAUCCUCCCGUGUAGUUCUGGGCUGAUUCCUCACUGUUCUCAUGAUCAUUGCAACUCCACGAGGUAAGAUCUUGCAUGGAGCCCCAGGCCGAGGGAAAUUGACAGUUCUUUUGUGUUUCUUCCAUUUGCGAAUAAUCGCACCAACUGUUGUCACCUUCUCACCAAGCUGCUUGGCGAUGGUCUUGUAGCCCAUUCCAGCCUUGUGUAGGUCUACAAUCUUGUCCCUGACAUCCUUGGAGAGCUCUUUGUUCUUGGCCAUGGUGGAGAGUUUGGAAUCUGAUUGAUUGAUUGCUUCUGUGGAUAGGUGUCUUUUAUACAGGUAACAAGCUGAGAUUAGGAGCUCCUAAUCUCAGCUCGUUACCUGUAUAAAAAGACACCUGGGAGCCAGAAAUCUUUCUGAUUGAGAGGGGGUCAAAAACGUAUUUCCCUCAUUAAAAUGCAAAUCAAUUUAUAACAUUUUUGACAUGCGUUUUUCUGGAUUUUGUUGUUGUUAUUCUGUCUCUCACUGUUCAAAUAAACCUACCAUUAAAAUUAUAGACUGAUCAUUUGUUUGUCAGUGGGCAAACGUACAAAAUCAGCAGGGGAUCAACGACUUUUUUCCCUCACUGUAGUUCAUUCUUACAUGUUCUAUGUUUGAGCUGCUUUUGAACGCAAAAGUCGAAUUGAAAAUAUUAUUGGCAUUGUUGAAUUCAAUUUUCUAUAAUGGCAAGCUAGGACUGAUGGUUUGGUUAGCUACACUAGCAAGUCUCCCGAGUGGCGCAGCGGUCUAAGGCACUGCAUUGCAGUGCUAGCAGUGCCACUAUCCUGGUUCAAAUCCAGUCUCUGUCGUAGCGACUGGGAGACCCAUGGGGUGGUGCACAAUUCGUCCAGGGUAGGGGAAGGAAUGGCCGUCAGGGAUGUAGCUCAGUUGGUAGAGCAUGGUGUUUGCAACGCCAGUGUUGUGGGUUCGAAUCCCACGUAGGGCAAGUAUUAAAAAAUAAAAAUAAUGUAUGCGCUCACUAACUGUAAGUCGCUCUGGAUAAGAGCGUCUGCUAAAUGAUGUAAAAUGUUUGUUUGGUUACCACAGCAACUACUGUAGCUAUCUGGUAAACUUGCUAGCUACUUCAGUGGAUGUUGAACACAUUUUUACCUGCAAAUUAACACAUUUAAUAGCGGCAAAUAUGUUAAAUUAUAGCCAUGGUAUAAAUGGGAUAAUCAACUCAGGGCUCUAUGCGUUAUAUGGAAAAGAAUGCAACUCCGUGAAAGGUCAGUUCCACUCCGCCAGCGCGUCGUGGAACACACCUUCCACGUCAUUUAUAAUUUUUUACAUAGAACACAUAGCCCCUCGUUGAUUAUCCCUUACUUAUUGAACACAGAGUGAAUCCCUGCAACUUAUUAUGUGACUUGUUAAGCACAUUUUUACUCCUGAAUUUAUUUAGGCUUGAAUACUUAUUGACACAAGACAUUUCAGCUUUUCAUUUGUAAUGAAUUAGUAAAAAUUAAAAAAAAACAUUAUUCCUCUUUGACAUUAUGGGGAAUUGUGUGGGGUAUUGACACAAAAUCGAAAUUGAAUCAAUUUUAAAUUCAGGAUGUAACACAACAGAAUGUGGGAAAGGUCAAGGGGUGUGAAUACAUUCUGAAGGCACUGUACAUGGCACAGCAGUCUCUAAGGUGCAGGGGAGUACCAGGUGGUAGCGGGCUAGUGACAGUGUAUAAUGUGCCAGGCAGAGUACCAGGCGAUGGCCGGCUAGUGAAGGCUGUUCAACUGUCUGAUGGCCUGGAGAUAGAAGCUGUUUUUUCAGUCUCUCUGUUCCGGCUUUGAUACACCUGUACUGUCUCUGUCUGCUAGAUGGUAGCAGAGUGAACAGACUGUGGCUCGGGUGCCUAAGGUCCUUGAUGAUCUUCUUGGCCUUCCUAUGACACCAGGUGCUGUAGAUGUCCUGGAGGGCAGGCAGUGUACCCCCUGGUGAUGCGUUGGGCUGACCACACCACUCUCUGGAGAGCCAUGCGGUUCCAGGCGGAGAAGUUGCAGUAUCAGGCGGUGAUGCAGCCCGAAAGAAUGCUCUAGAUUGUGCAUCUGUAGAAGUUGGUGAAAUCAACUGUUCUCCUAGCUUUCUAUUCCUCUUUCCAGUAAAACAGUCAUUUCCUAGAUGGCUGCCAAUGAAAACAAAUUAAAAAGUGUUAUCACUAAUCCAACAGAUUUAUACGUUGUUUAAUGAGUAAUUCUCCUUUUGGCUCUUUUCUGGCUAUGAUCAAUUCUGAUAAUUUUUGCUAGGGUUUUGUACAAAUUAAUUAGUGGGUGGUGCUGUAGGUGGACAGUUUCCCUUAAUAUGAAGAGCACUUCUAUCUUCCUGAUACAGUAAAGUUCCUGCGUGUAAAGUUUUUCAUAUUUUAGCACAGUUGGGCCUGUAUGCACAUUUGACAAACCAAAGGAAGAAUUUGAAUGUUUUGGAGUCUGUUUCGUGUGCUCUUAGUCUUGACACAGACAAUUUUUUUAAAUCUUCACUGUAGAGUUAUUCACCAUUUGGAUGCAUAGUUAGCCAUGCAAUACAUUUACUUUGUUCAUCAAAGAAACUAUUGAACUCAUUUGGAAAGAAAGUCAUCUGGAAUAAAUACAGACUUGAAGCUAGUGUCUUAAGCUAAUUGUUCUUCAUACUUUUGAUCUCUUUUGUUUUGAGAAAAAUAAAUAGAUUGUGUGAGAAGACAUCUAGACAACAUUAAGAAACAAUGGUAAUUAAAACAGCAAAAUUAUGACAUUUAUUGAGAAAACAACUUCUAAGCUAAACAGGCAUACAAAAGUAUAUCACAGGUCUUACAGUGUGAUUGACAGUCUUCUUGCGUAUUUUCACUUAGUUGCUGCACAGAUGUUGUUUAUAUGAAUUGAGCAAGGUUGUUAGGAUAUUAUUUUCAAAUUGUAUAAUUGCAGCGCUUUGGAUGGGUCCAUUCUUGCAAUUCAACUACAAGAAACAAUGUGUGCUGUGCAGUCAUUACAGGCCAUUUUACUUUGACCGUCCAUCCCAGACUCUGAUACGGGUCCAGUAACAUCCAAGUGUUGUUGUUUUUGGAGUCCUGACAUUAAUUACAUUGUGUUCAGCCAGUCCCAUGCUUGCAGUACCUGGCAGCUAUGAAAGCUGUGGUUAGGGAAGUUGUUUUCGGGAAACCCUAACACACUCUUAUACAAAGAAACAGCUCCAAAUAUACCACAGAGCACAGCAGUGGGCACAGGGCACAGGAUCUCUCACUAUUAAUUAAUAACAAGUGUUUCAGAUCAGGGCCCUCAUGGGCUUGCCUGGCUACCCAGACUCCUUGCUCUGGCCAAACGCUACGCCCACAGAAGUUAGUUUCUUCUCCACAAUGAGUCUGGAUCUGAGUACCUCCCUGACCCUUCACCGAAUGCGAACAAAUUCAGGGCCGUCUGAUUGGUCCAGAAACAUUACAUUACAUUACAUUUACGGUUGGGCCAGAGCCAGAACACACAUGGUGAAGCAGCAGUUAGAAAAUGUGUAAUUGGCUUUGAUACUCUGAUUGGUUAGAGACGAUCCAAUCGCUGAUGACUGUUUAGUUUUGUACAACGCCCCUCAUGCUCCUUGUCACCAAAACCGACUUCAAUGAUGGCAGUCUCAAGCUAAAGUAUGUAGCAAACGACAGAGCAGCGGAAUAAUUUAGUGUGAGUCGUCAGGCUACUUAUGGCCUUCAUGGGCACAGUGAUUGGUGUCCACAUCAGCAACAAACUAUCAUGGUCCAAACACACCAAGACAGUCGUGAAGAGGGCACGACAAAGCCUAUUCCCCCUCAGGAGACUGAAAAGAUUUGGCAUGGGUCCUCAGAUCCUCAAAAAGUUAUACAGCUGCACCAUCGAGAGCAUCCUGACUGGUUGCAUCACCGCCUGGUAUGGCAACUGCUCGGCCUCCGACCGCAAGGCACUACAGAGGGUAGUGCGUACGGCCCAGUACAUCACUGGGGCCAAGCUUCCUGCCAUCCAGGACCUCUAUACCAGGCGGUGUCAGAGGAAGGCCCUCAAAAUUGUCAAAGACUCCAGCCACCCUAGUCAUAGACUGUUCUCUCUGCUACCGCACGGCAAGCAGUACCGGAGCGCCAAGUCUAGGUCCAAAAGGCUUCUCAACAGCUUCUACCCCCAAGCCAUAAGACUCCUGAACAGCUAAUCAUUGCUACGCGGACUACUUGCACUGCCCCCCCCACCCCCACCCCAUCUUUUUACGCUGCUGCUAUUCUGUUAAUUAUUUAUGCACAGUCACUUUAACUCUACCCACAUGUACAUAUUACCUCAACCACCUCAACUAGCCGGUGCCCCCGCACAUUGACUCUGCACCGGUACCCCCCUGUAUAUAGCCUCCCUACUGUUAUUUUAUUUUACUUCUGCUCUUUUUUUCUCAACACUUUUUUGUUGUUGUUGUUUUAUUUUACUUUUUUAUUAAGAAAUAAAUGCAUUGUUGGUUAAGGGCUGUAAAUAAGCAUUUCACGGUAAUGUCUACACCUGUUAUAUUCGGCGCAUGAGGCAAAUAAAAUGUAUCAUGAUAAUGAUUUGAUUGGGAUUUUUGAACAUCUCUGAAAGUAAUUUCUUUCUGAAAGUCUGUUUGAAAAUAUUCCUCUAACUUUUGGAAUGUGACAUAUCCUCAGUUUUGCUUUCUUGAAAGUUGUUUUUAUGACGCAUGUAACACACAAUGCUCUCAGGUUCUUUUCAUUCCAUGUCAAAACUUGGAAGAGAAGCUUCUCAAAGGAUGGCAAACUCAAACUCUCUAAUUGUGUUGUUUGACAUAGCCAACGCAACUGCAACUAGGGUUGGAAAGGGAGGGUAUAUUACUGGAAACUUUAGAAGUUUACCAGUAAACUACCAGAAUUGUAUUAUCUUUCAAGGAUUUUAUGUAAUCUAUCACAAGACAUCUAGUGGCCCUUUUGGGUACUUCAGAUUAUCACAGGUGUCUGUAAUCAUCUCUGGCCCUCUGUGUGGCCUUCUCACAUGUAAAAUAUAUGAAAUAAUUAAAUAAGAUGAUUUUAAAAUAAAAAAUAUAAUGACAAAGCUGUAAAACAUUAUCCUAAAUAUAAACCAUCAACUUAGUGAAUACCAUUGGUGUUUAUUAUGAGGGUUUCAGCAUGAAACACACUUUUAUUUAUUUUAAUAUGUCAAGAUGUAUUUCUUGUCAAUGUUUUGGCGUCAAACUGGUCAAUAGUUAGAAGAGUUGCAGAGGUAGUUAAAAAUAAUGCCAUUGUUGAUUAUCUUUUCAUUAAUUAGGCUAUUUUCUCUUGAACCAUAUGGUCUAGAAACUCAUGUAACAGAUAUAAUAAAUGAAUGCUAUAUAUAAAUUUAAAUAAAUAAAGUUAUUCAAGUAUAAAUUACCAAAGUUACGAUAGAUUGUCAUAUAUUUUCUCUUCAUUACCAAAAUUACUGAAGAUUCCGGUAACUUCGGUAAAUUACCGGUAGCUUUGCAACCCUAACUGCAACAUACAGCAGUAUAAACAAUGAAAACCACCUUUAGAGAUAUUUUCCUCAAAUCAGUAAAAUUCCUGAGUCUUUAAAUGAUAAUUACUCCCAGAUCGCCUCCUGCUCGCCUGUGAUACACAGACAAUUACUUUUGGCAUUUCAGAUGUUUCACUCCUAACGUGUUCCAGAUUUUAUAUCACUCAUUAAAGUUUUUUUAGGAGAAAAUCUAUUUAUGUCUCAAGACGUUAUCUUGAUACAGUACAUAUACAAGGAAUGGAGAGAUAAUGUCUGUCCUCGCAAAACUAUGCCUUCUAAUUUUAUGGACAGACUAUUUUUAAAUUGUAUUUGUUGAGAGUAAAUCAUAUUAAUUUCAAGACAAUAGCAUGCUGAUUCCUUUUCAUAUCAGUUGGGUUGAGCUUGUGUUAGGCACAAACCACCUCACGCUAUAUCCAAUAAUUUGCUCCGCAUGCUUCUACAGUAAUAUAUGACUCAUGGGUUAUCUGUAAUUAUACAACGGGUGGAUCUAAUCCUGAAUGCUGAUUGGUUAAAACCACAUUCCAGCCGGUGUCUAUUCCACAAGUUACCACCGGCUAAAUCUAUGACGUUAAAAUGCCUAUUUACUCUGUUCCAUCUGACUGCAUAAUCCACUGUCUCAUCAGCCCAGCCAGGCAAUUUAUAAACUUGAUCUCCACUAUAAAAGCAUCUAGACAUUAUCGCACAUUUCUUUUAGAUUAACAUUUCAUUUUCAACAGUGAAGACAGACAGGUAGGCAGCGUUUCUCAGCCAAUCAAAACCAUGAAUCAGCUGGCAUAAUUUUUAUGAAAUUAUACUAAGAAAUGUAAAUUGAAAAAAGUUCAAACGAAACUAAGUGCAGCUAGUUUGAAGUCUUUCCAGCUUCAGUUUGAAGUGAUUGUGUUUGCUGUGUUGUUGGCUAGCUCCUCUGAACAACAGUGUCCUGACGAGAGAGCACAUUUUCUAUGCCAGGCAAAAUCGCAACUUAUGGAUGUGUCCAAAUAAAUGUCACUAGAAAACAGCUUAAACAAAUGCAAAUGCAGCUACUGUUGUUAUUCUAGGUUCACUGUUUGAUGUGACUAUAAGUUUGCCGUAGUUGGCUAGCUAGCAAGCAAGGGAUAGGAACUUUGCCAGCCAGUAUGGCAAUGGAACAUUUAGAACAAACGACUGGGUCCAUAGAUACAGAACAAAAAGACUGAACGACUGGGUUGCGUCUCUGGCAACCGAACCGAUAGAACGAACAACCAGGCGGCAUGGGUAGUAACCCUAGAUUUGUGUCGGGACUAUAUCUUGUGGAAGGAUGAAAUAGUAUGAAUAAAUUCAUCAAAAUAACAUUUUUUUAAUGAAAUAUGUCAAUCAUUAUUUGAAUAUGUUGGUAACCAGUAAUAAUGCCCUCAAAGCCUGUGUUUGGAGGAUAUAUUGGCACGGUUUGUUAACAACACCUGUGCCAAUAUAUCCUUCAAACAAGCUUCUCUGGCUUUAUCACUUAAUUCUGCAAUCUAGACAAGGGGAAAGAUGAGAUGGAAAGAUGGAAAGCUUUAAAGACAUAUCUUUGCGAACAGAAGUGGCAUAUCUUGUGCCAGGGGUGGAGUGUUUUUAACCUGUAUCGAACUGCAUCUGCACAUACCUCUACUUGUUUGACUCUAACUGUAUGUACUAUCUCUUUCAGAAUCACAUGGAAACAAACGGAAAGAAAGGAAAAAAGGUAAAGUUCACAAAUUCUACCCUUAAAGGGAAAAUUCUCUCAAAAACUAUUUGUGUGUGUUUUUUUCAUUAGUCCACUGAUAAUACAGUCCCAAAAUAUGUUGCAUGUCAGCAGUCAAGUUUUCAAGAUAUUGGACUUUCAAGAAGCAAAGUGUCACCAGCAACAUCAUCAUGAUGAUGCUAAAUUUAAGUGAACGCUUCCAUUGCUACAGGUGAUGGUGCGGUGAGGAGGAGGUUGUUUGGAUUUUCAUUUAUGUCAUAGUAUUCACUAAUUCAGAUUUCUUUCCAUGUCUUAUUUUUUUUAGGCAAGAAAGGCCCUCCGGGUGCACCUGGUCCCCCAGGCCCUCCAGGGCCACAGGGGCCACCAGGUAUUCCUGGCAUCCCAGGUAUCCCUGGGAACAAUGCCAUGGGUCCCUCAGGACCACCCGGACCGCCAGGCCCUGCUGGACCCCCAGGGCCACAGGGACCCCCUGGUCUUCAAGGACCCUCAGGUACGGCCUCAGUUUCAUUCCCUUUGGCCCAAAUCCUGAUUUGAGAUGUAUUUGUGUUUUUCAACCUUUCAUUUAAAAAAACUGACAGUGUAAUUGUUUUCUAAUCUGCACAGGGGGCAGAGUCAGAGAUAGCCAGGUAUGUUAACCUUUCAAUGUUUUGAUAAUUAAUUGUAUUUAUGUAUGUCCACUUUUCCAGGAAUGUAUUCUUUCUUGUUGUGUUACAGCCUGCUGUGGUACAUCUCCAAGGCCAGGAAACAACAAUACAGGUCAAAGAAGGUAAGAGUUAAAUUUUAGACACUCUGGUCACAUCACUUAAUGGCUGAAAACAAGUCACAUUUACAGUCCGAAAUAAUUCUUAAGAAGUAUCUUCUUUGUUAUUAGUUCUUCUAAGAAUAGAUCUGAAUAGAAGGUCACGAAAACUAUGUGUGCGCAUCGAUGGGGCAGAAGUCUGUGUGUUGAAAUGAUUCUGGACAGUCAGAUAGCUGUUUUGCUCCACAGUUGCGCACACAUUGGUUUUGUUGCUAAACAGCCCACCCGUCUAUAAGUUAAAACAUGAAUUCACUGCAUUUACUGUAGUUUCUUUUUUGACAAUGCAACAAUGAAGAACCCUGUCUGUAAUUGUAUGGCAACGACGGAUGUUAAGUGACUGCCCUUUUCUCACGCUGAGAUCUUUCAGAAGGCGUACUGAGAAACUGGAAAAUGAUAUCCAUGCAUCACAAGGUGUUCAAGAUGCACUCGCGGUCUGGGGAGCUAGAGGUGCUGGUAGAUGGCACCUACUUCAUCUAUAGUCAGGUAGAAGUGAGUAUGGUCUUGGGCCUAACUCUUCCUAUCGCCUGCAUGUCACUCGUCCUUUCUCUCUGCAGUCCCAGUGGAUUAUGCUAUCUCAAUGGUUAGCAAGGUCAAAAUAUCUAAGUUGACUAUGGUAAGGCCUAACAUACUAAGGCAUAAUCUAUAAUGACUCCUUAUCUUAUAGUCUAAACUUUCUUAUUCAGAAAUCCAAAUUAGAUUUCCCCAUGAAAUGACUUUUGCAAGUAUUUCAUUGAAAUUAUCUGGCAUACUGUAGGCUACAUUUCUCAGAACCCAGUUGGUUGAUUUUGCCAGUGCUCUUGGCUGCAGAGGGAAAUGUCUGGAUGAGUGAAGUAAAUGUAUUGCAUGCCCUUCAAAGUGAUCCACCUUGUACAAAGUGUAUCAUAUUCUGUAGUAAUUUGCCCAGUUUGCCUGCUAUAUCUCAUUGUAAAUAAGUUGUAAAUAAGUUAUAUAAGUAGUCUGUAUUAUCUGCAUGCUCACACUCUUACUUUGAACCAAAAAGGGUUCUUCAAAGGGUUCUCCUAUGGGGACAGCUGAAGAACCCUUUUUGGUUCUAGAUAGCACCUUUUUUCUAAGAGUGCAUAUUUGUGUUAUUCCCUCAGAAUUAAACACAAUAUUUAUGGAAUGUUUGUCUCCACAUAACUUUUACUGCCAGGUUUACUACCUCAACUUCACUGACAUUGCUAGCUACGAGGUGAUGGUGGACAAGACGCCGUUCCUGCGCUGUACACGGAGCAUCGAGACGGGACAGCGCAAGUUCAACACCUGCUACACGGCUGGGGUGUGUCUGCUACGUGCCCGGCAGAAGAUCUCCAUCAGGAUGGUGUACGAGGACACCUCCAUCAGCAUGACCAACCACACCACCUUCCUGGGGAGCAUCCGCCUCGGGGAGGCCCCCCCAGCCAUCCACUCC